AUGAUUUCUGAUAAGGCAAGAUACCAUAAAGUUAUUGAAUAUAUAUAUAGCCAUGAUAAAAAUAUUGAAAAUAUAAUUGAAGGUAUUAUAUCGCAAAAAAUUGAUAAAAUCAUUAAUGAAAAACUGCAGAAAUUUAUCCCUAAUAUUGAUACAUUAAAUGAUAAAAUAUUUAAUUUAGAAGAAUCAACGAGUUUUGAGAUUCAGCUAAGAAAAGAAAUCAAUGAAAAUCUUGAAAAUUUAAUUCUUUUAUCCAAUGAAUCAAAGAUAUCAAGUAAUUACUUAAAGCAAGAAAUCGAAAAAACUCAAAAAUCUUUAGAAGAUCAAAUAGCUGCCAACUCUUUGGAGCAAAAGAAAUCUCUUUGCAACGAGGCAAAGUAUUUAUCAAUGAUUGAUGAGCUAAAGGUGCAGAUUAAUAAUAAAUCUCAACAAUCUCUAUUUUAUAAUCAAGAUGAAAUUGAAAGCUUGAAAAAGAAGCUUGGUAGUUUAGAAAAAAAAGUUAAAGAGCUCAGUUCUAAAGCUGCAGAAAUAGAAAGCUGUACUUCAAGUAGCGAAGAAGAAUGCUAUUUACCAACAAAAAUCGUUAGAAAAUCAGAACUUUGACAAAAUGAAGGUCAAAAAGUGAAAAAAAAUGAAAUUUGUGCUUUAAAAGAAUUGUUUGUUUAUGGUAUACACAAUUCUGACUUAAGAGAUUUUUUAAAUAUAUGCGGAAAUGUUGAAAGCAUAAGAGCACUAAAAUGUAACAGUAAUGAUGAUCAAAAUAUGGCAAUUGUAAAAUUCAAAAAUAUUGAAGGGCAAAUUAAUGCUCUAAAUAAGAGCAAAGCAUUCUAUAAAGACGAGCAAGUCCAUAUUUCUACACUAAAUUUUAAGAGGACACAUAAUAGCUUUUCUUAUACAAUUUUGGCAAGUAAUCUACCUUUAAGCCUGAGCAAAUAUGAAAUUGAAGAUUACUUUUUGGAGUAUGGCGAAAUUGAUCAGAUUGAUAUAGUUAAAGAUGAACUAGGAAAUUCAACUGGCUAUGCCUGAAUUGAAUUCAGUGAGAUAGAAGAUGUAAAAGAAUUAAAAAAACAAAAUUGAAUUUCAUUUGAUGGGAGGAUUAUUCAAAUAUAUUAUGAAUAA